AUGUCUGAUAUUACUAAAACCACUAUAACUCAAGAACAAGCUUCAUCUGUAACAGCCGAUACAGUCCUCACGAGUACUCAAGAUGCAGAGUCACAAACUCCAAUCUCUCGUGUGGUUGUAAUUGCCAUUGAUCAAUCUGAGCAUAGUCAGAAUGCAUUUGAUUGGGCAAUUAAAAAUUUCUUGAGAAAGGAUAGCGAUUUGGUUGUACUGGUCAAUGCACGACCGAUUCCAACAGUUCCGGGACAAUACACUCUUGGCGCUAGUUAUAUGGAUUUUACUGAAGUCAUAGCAAGUUUAGAAGAACAACAUCGUGUUAGUAGUCAUAAUCUUUUAAAAGAUUUUGCAGCAAAACUAAAAAGCCAUGAUUUUUCUUGUAAAGCCAUAGCUAUGCGAGGAGAUGCACGCGAAGAAAUCGUUCGUAAGGUUUCUGAAUUAAAAGCAAGUACCUUGAUAGUUGGAUCUCGUGGUUUAGGUGCUUUGAAACGCAUGUUCCUUGGUUCUGUGAGCGAUUAUUGUAGCCAUCAAUGCGAUUGUACCGUUAUUAUCGUUAAAACCACUGAUCAAGAAUCGAGUGUGUGA